AUGGACCCGACGGUCUCGACCCAUCUCCCAUCGACUAUCACCGGCGAUUGUUCAGCCGGCACGCUGGAGGGCUUGGGGCGCGAGAUGAAUGGAUACACGUCUACACUCACGUUUGUACCCUUGAACGCCCGCCAGAACUUUUGGAAGACCGAGCCGGACUUGUAUCACUUUCCAAAUUCCAUGAAUGCAAUUCCUCCAAGUACCUUCUAG